AUGGAAGCGAAAUUGGGACGGUUACUGCGAAUGGAUCAGGGCCAGGAGCUCCCGCCGGGAGCCAGCAUUCGCGACAUGGGGAGUGUCGACAGCCGCCCUGUCACUUCCAAGCACUCGCACGUUCUUGACGCGGCGCCGCACCAGCCGGCCUCCAUGCACUCCCACGCCCGCACCGCGGAAGACAUCGGCGGGCUCGCGAGCGGCGCCAGCAACAGCGUGCGAGGCCCGUUCGCGAACGGCCAUCGCCACGGGGACGACGACGGCGAGCGGCAAAGUAACAUGGGUUUCGCGAUCGAUGGCGAAGUGAGCAGCCCGUGGGUGCAGGGGUCCGGCGAAGGGCGGGAGGGGUGGGCUGGCGGGGAGACGAGCCGGUUGCGCGCGGAGCUGGACGCGGUGGACGCGGAGCGGCGGAGGCUGGCGGGCGAGCGGGACGAGGCGCUGGCUGGGCUGGCGGAGGAGCGGCGUCGGAGCGAGGCGUGGAUGGGCAGGGCGCGGGACGCGGAGGCGGAGCGAGUCGCCGCCGACGCCAAGCUGGACGAGUGGACCCGUGGUCUCCAACGGUCGAGUGCAGUACAGAGCGGUGACGGACUCGAGAGUGGCUCAAACGAGGCGUCGGCAGCAGCAGCGGGGAAGCGAGCGGGGGGUGGGGAGGACAUGGUGAGGGUGUUAGAGGACGUAGUGGCGCACAAGACGCGCAUGGUCGCCCGCGAGCGAGGCAAGCGCGACGAGGCGGUGUGCCGGCGGGAGGAGGCGGAAGGCAAGCUCGCCGCCGCUGACAAGGAGCUGAGGGCGCUGCGACGACAGAUGGAUUCCCUGCGAUCUGGUUACCAGCAGGUGGCGGAACGGAAAGAGGAGCUGGAGGCGCGAGUGGGCAGCCUGGAGGAGGAGGUGGAGCGGGUGAGCGCGGAGGAGAGGGAGGCGAAGGAGGUGGUGGAGGGCGCCAUGCAGAUGUGGCGCGACGCCAGUGACGGCAAGCAGCUGGCGCAGGCACAGGCGGCGGAGCUGCAGGAGCAGGUGGAGCGGCUGCGGGGCGCGCUGGCCGAGGAGGCGGAGAAGGUGAGGCAGGCGCGGCAGGAGGCGGUCAUGCAGGCGGAGGCGAGCAAGCAGGCGCUGGCGCGGGUGAGGGAGGUGCAUUCGGGGGAGGGCGUACCUGAGGCGAAGUGGCUGGUGGAGUUGAAGGUGGAGGUGGAGCAGCGGCGCGUGGAGGUGCAGCAGGCGCAGCAGCAGGCGGCGUGGGAGCGCGAGAGGGCGGAGGCGGCGGAGAGGGCGAUGGAGGAGGAGCGGCAGCAGUGGGCGCGGCGGGAGAGGCGGCUGGAGGAGGACGUGAUGAACCAGCAGCUGCAGAUCGAGUUCCUCGAGGGGCUGCACGCGGGCGCGGGGGCAGCAGGCAGCCUGGCGGAUGGGUCUGGUGGCGGGGCGAGCCUGGAGAAGCGUGUGUGGGAGCUGGAAGCGGAGGUGAGGGAGCGCAGCAAGGAGGUGACGUCACUGCAGGAGUCGCUGGUGGAGGUGGAGCGGGAGAAGGCACACGUGGUGGAGCGCCAGCACUCGCUGCUGGCCGCCCUUGCGGGGGGUGACAGCGGGGCCGUGCUGACCCAGCUGCACACGGACGCCAUGCAGCUGUCCUCGCGCGUGAAGGAGGCGCAGGGCGAGCUGGCGCAGCGGGCGGAGGACUGGCGCGCGCUGGAGGGGGAGCUGCGGGGCAGGCUGGCGGACAAGGAGAGAGAGCUGCGGUUCCGUCUGAACCAGCUGCACGAGGGGGAGGAGGCGCAGUGGCGCGCGGAGGCGCAGGUGGAGGCGGAGAGGGCGGAGAAGGAGGCGCUGAGGCGGGAGGUGAGUCGCCUGCUGCUGCUGGGCAGCGAUGCGGGCAGUGCUGUGGGCGCGGACGGCCAUGCGGGGCGAGUGGGGGGAGAGAACGCGGGGGCAGGCGGGACGAAGGAAGGCGGUGAUGAGGGGAGUGAGGAGCGGGUGAGGCAGGCGAGGGAGGAGGCGGGCAUGUGGGGCAGCAAGGUGGCGGAGCUGGAGGGCGAGAUAGAGUGGCGCGACGCUGAGAUCAGCGCGCUGAGGGGCGCCCUGGACGACAGCAGCAAGGCCGUGGCCGUGGCGGAGAGGGCAGCCGCGGGCAAGGAGAGAGAGGUGCAGCGGCUGACAGCCGAGGUGCGGGAGAAGGGGCGCGAGGUGUGGGACUUGAUUCACGAGUCGGAGCUUAAGGCGAGGCAGAUGGAUGCUGUGGAGCGGGAGGCGAGCCGGCGCGCGGGCGAGCUGGAGGACGCUCAGGGCGACCUGGCGAUGGUGGAGAGGGAGGCGGAGCUGCUGCGCGGAAUGGUGAAGGAGCGGGAAGACGUGAUUGACGCGGUCAAGGCGCAGCUGGCGGAGCGGGACGGCGAGCUGGCGAGGCUGGGCGCUGAGGCGCAGGCGAUGCGGGCGGACGCGGAGGAGACGGUGCGGCGGCUGAAGGAGGAGGUGGAGGAGGCGAGAGAGCAGGUGGGGCGGGGCGAGGUGCAGCUGUUGGAGGAAGAAGGGCAGCGGAUCUUGGAGUUUGAAGAGCUGCAGGUGGAGCACACGAUGGUGGUGCGGCAGCUGCGAGAGGUGCAGCGCGAGGUGGAGGAGAAGGAGGCGCUGCUAAGAGGCAAGGAGGAGGAGGUGCGGGAGAGGGAGCAGGCGGAGCGGGAGAAGGAGCAGGAGUUGCUGGAGGCGCUGGUGGAGGCGGAGGAGGUGAAGAAACGCGUGGCUGAGGAGGUGGGGGGGGCUGUGCAGGCAAGGGAGCGCGCGGAGGCGGAGGCUGCGCGGGCGCAGGGGGAGAUUGGGGUGAUUCGGGAGGAGCUGGAGAGCACGAGGGAGGCUCUGAGGUGCCGGGAGAGCGAGAUGGAGGAGAGGGAGAGGGAGGUGGAGGAGGAGAGGCGAGUGAGGGAGGCGGUGGAGAGGGAGAGGGUGGCGCUAGAGCAGGAGGUGCGGGUGGUGAGGGCGCGGACGGAUGAGGUGGAGGAGGCGCUGAGGCGAGUGAGUGAGGAGAAGGGGAGGGUGGAGCAUGCGAGGGAGGUGGCUGAGAGGGAGAGGAGGAUGGAGGAGGAGCGGGAUGCUGUUGAGAGGGCGAGGGGUGAGGAGGAGGACACCAGGAGGAGGGCUGAAAGUGCAGUGCAGGAGCUGCAGGAGGCGAAGGAGAAGGUGGAAGGGGAGAGAAGAAGGGUAGAUGACGAGAGAGCAGCGCUGGAGGUGCGGCUGCAGGGGCUUCAAGGGCAGGUGGAGCAGCUGAGAGGGCAGGUGGAAGAACUGUCCGGGCAGGUGAAGGAGCGAGAGGCGGAGUUGGCAGAGAAGGUGAGGAUGGUGGAGGCGGCAGAGGGGAGGAGAGGCGAGGUGGAGCAACGCGUGGUUGAUUUGAAAGCUGAGCUGGCAGCGCUGGGAGGGACGCUGAAGGAGAUAGAGGCGGCGGUGGAGGUGAAAGAAAGGGCGCUGGCGGCAGCAGAGGAGGAGAAGAGCCGAGCACAGCAGCAGGUGCAAGAGCAGAGAGAGCAGCGGGAGGCGCUGGAGAAGCAGCACGCGCAGCUGGAGGGACUGCUGGCGGGGCUCAGGGCAAGCUGCCGUGCGCUGGAGGAGGGAGGCGCGAUGGAGAAGGAGAGGCGCGAGCAGGCGGAGGAGGACCUGGAGACUGAGAGGCAGGCGCGGCGGAGGGAGAAGGAGGGACUUGAGGAGAGGAUUGGCGAGCUGGUGAGGCGGGUGGAGGGAGAGGAGGCGCAGGUGAGGGAGGUGAAAGGGAGGCUGGAGGAGGUGAUUGGGGCGAAGGAGGGGCUGGCGAGGGACGUGGAGGAGGCUAGGGCGCGAGAAGAGAAGCUGAGGAAGGAGGUUGGGGAGAAAGAGGAGAGGAGGAGGAAGGCGGAGGUGUUGGUUGUGCAGCUGCAGGAGCAAGUGGCGGCUGUGGGGUGCGAACUUGAGAGGGUGAAGGCUGGGCUGGAAGAGACUGAGAGACGAGUGGAGGAGGCGAAUGAGGCGAGAAAUAAAGAGGGUGAGGAGAGGGCGAGGGUGGAGGCUGAUUUGGAAACGGAGAGGGAGAGAUUGGAGGCAGCACGGAGUGAACUGGCGGCAGAGAUGAGUGCGUUGGAGCGUGUGAGAGAGGAGGUGGCAGAGGAGCAGCGGAGGAGGGAGGAGGCGGAGCAGCGGAGCAGCAUGUUGGGCGAGCAGGUGCAGCGGCUGCAGCAGCAGGUGGUGGUGGCGGGCAGGCAGCGGGAGGAGCAGGAGGAGGAGAUGGCUGUGAGGGACACUCUGGUGCAGAGCCUCCGAGAGGAGCUGGAGGGCGAGCGGACGAGGGUGGCGGAGGGUGAGGCGAGGGCGAGGGAGCUGGAGGAGAGCGAGAGGGGGCUGAGAGAGGCGUUGGAAGGCGAGGAGGGCAGGCGGAGGGAGGCGGAGGAGAGCGUGGAGAGGGAGAGAGGUGCUGUGAGUGAACUGGAGGGGCGGGUGGGUGAGCUGGAGGCGGAGAGGAGAGAGGUGGAAGCAUCGUUGGAAGGGGAGAGGCAGGCGAGGGAGGAGGAGGAAGCGAGGGUGAAGGAGGUGAGGGGGCAGAGGGACGAGGUGGAGAGGGAGUUGAAGAGGGUGAGGGAGGAGCUGAGAGCGGUGCAGGAGGAGAAGGCAGCAGUGAGUGCUCAGUGCGAGAAGGUACAGGAGGAGCUCGGCUGUGCUCGGAAUGAGCUCGCCUCCGCUCAGAAAAGGCUGGAAGAGGCAGAGAUGGCGGCGGAGAGAGCGAGGGAGACACACAGCAAGGCCACGGCUGCUGCAGAAGCUGCCAGGAAGGCUGCAGAGGAGAAAGCGGCUGCGCUGAAAGCAGAGAUAGAGGCCAUGCGAGGUACGGUUGAGGAGAAGGAGCGAGAGAUAGCUGCCCUCACUGCAGCGAGUGCUGGCACCACGCGGCUGCUGGAGGCGUUCAAGCGCAAGGUGCAGACGCUGGAGGGCGAGGUGGCUGCCAAGGCGGGCGAGGCUGAGGCGGCCAGGGCGGACGCGGAGCAGCAGAGGGACGCGGGUGCUGCGCUGGCGAGGCAGCUGGCGGAGGUGCGGGCGGUGCGUGUGAAGCUGGAGGAGCGGGUUGGCGCCCAGGAGCGCGCGCUGGAGGGGAGGGCGGCGGACGUGGAGGGGCUGAAGCGGGAGAAGCAGCGGGUGGGGGAGCACCUGGUGCGGACGCAGGAGGAGAAGGAGCGCGCUCUGAGUGAGGCUGCGGCGUUUAGGCGGGAAGGGGAGGAGCUGAGGGAGCAGGUGGGCGUGUGGAAGGAGAGGGAGCGGGUGGCCGUGGUGCAGUUGAAGGAGGAGCGGGAGGCGAGGAGGGAGGUGGAGAAGGAGAGGGAGAUGCUGAGGGUUGAGGCGGAGGAUGGGUCAGAGAUGGCCGUGGGGCUGAAGCUACGGGUGGGUGAGCUGGAGGAUGCUGCUGGGAAGCUGCGGGAGAAGGUGGAGGAGAGGGAGAGGCAGGUGCGGGAGGUGCAGGAGCAGCUGCGAGGAGCGGUGCAGGAGAUAGAGAAUCUGCAGGAGAGCAUUGGGCGGAGGGAGGAGGAGGUGGAGGAGGAGAGGAAGGCGAGGCGACGCGUGGAGGGAGAGGCGGACGCGGUGAGGCAGCAGGUGAGAGGUCUGACCGCAGAGGUGGAGCAGAGGGCGCAGCAGGUGGAGGCGCUGAGAGGGGAGGUGGCAACAUUGGAAGAGCGGCUUGCAGGCAAGGAGAGAGAGGCAGGUGAGCUGGUGGAGUCAGUGACAAGAGCGAAGAGGCAUGCUGAAGAAGAGAGGGAGGAGCGAGAGAGAAUGCUGCAGGAGACGAGGGGAGAGGUGGAGAGAAAGGUGGAGGAAGUGAGGCGAGAGAAGGAGGAGGUGGUGGCACGGAUGGUGGCUGACGUGGAGCGAGUGUCCAGUGAGCUGGAGACACAGAGAGGGGAGGUACUGAGGCUGGAGAAGAGUGGGAAGAAGGCGGAGGAGAGACGACAGGAGGCGGAGGGGAGAGUGAGGCAGGUGGAGGGCGAGGUGCAGCAGGCGGUGGAGGGCCGGGCAGCAGCGGUGGCUGAGAGAGACGCACUGCAGGUGGCGCUGGGGCAGGCGGAGGAGGCUGGCGCGCGGCUGAGGGGCGAGGUGGAGGCGAGCAGGGCGGAGCAGCAGAAGCUGCAGGCGCAGGUGGAGCAGGAGAGGGCGCAGGUGGAGAGGCUGCAGCAGGAGAGGGCGCAGGUGGUGGCACGAGUGGCGGUGCUUGAAAAGCAACUGGCGGCAGAAGGCGAGGCUAGUGGCGCGCUGCAGGAGGAGGUGCGGCGGCUUGUGGGGCUGUACGAGGAGGCGAGCGCUGAGGCAGCGAGCGAGCACGCUGAGAGGGAAGAGGCGGCGCUGAUGCUGGAGGGCGAGCGGGCAGCGGCGGAGCAGGAGAGGGCGCGGCUGCAGGGCGAGGUGGACGCGAUGGGCGUGGAGAUCGAGGAGGUGAGGCGGCUGUUCGAGGAGGCUCGGGAUGAGGCGGAGGAGGAGCGGGCAAAAGGGGCGAGCAUGGAGGAGGAGGUGAAGCAGGCCGUGGGGGAGAGCAGACGGAUGGCGGAGGAGGUGAGGCGCGCGGAGGAGGAGCGGGCGGAGGUGGUGGGGGAGGUGGAGGCGAUGAGGGCGACGAUAGAGGAGCUGCAGCAGGGCGUGGAGGCGGCUGUGGAGGCCGUCAUGCUGCAGCGCGCGCAGGGGGCGAAUGCAGAGGAGGAGGUGCAGAGGGAGCGCACGGGGAGGGAGGAGGCGGAGCGGCGGGUGGAGGAGCUGGAGAAGGCGGUGGGGGAGCUGGUGGCGCAGGUGGAGGCGAGCGUGCGGGCAGUGGGGGCGGCAGAGGAGGAGAGGCGAGCGAAGGAGGGUGAGUGGGCGGAGGAGGUGCGGAGAGCAGAGGCAGAGGCGGAGGCGUUGAGGGGGAGGGUGAGGAAGGAGGAGGAGGAGGUGGUGGCAUUGCGACGGGAGCGAGAGGCCAUGGUGGAGGGGCACGAUGGGGAGGUGCGCGCGCUGAGAGAGAGGAGCAGGCGGCAGGAGGAGGAGGUGGUGCGAGUGCGGGGGGAGCUGGAGGAGGCGCAGAGGAGAGUGAGGGAGGAGGCGGGGAAGGCAACGAGGGCGCAGGCAGAAGCGGGGGAGGUGCAGGCGAUGGUGGCGGAGAUGCAGAGAGGGCUGUCGGAGCUGGCGGGGCAGCUGGGGGAGAUGACUCUCGAGGUGGAGCGACAGAGGGCCGCCAAGGAGGAGGCUGUGAGGGAGGCGGAGAGGCUGCAGGUGGAGCAUGAGAGGCAAGUGGAGGAGCUGAGUGCGGUUGUGAGGGAUGCGGAGGGGCGAGUGGAGCAGGUGAGGAGGGAGAAGGAGGAGGGCGAUGCUGUGUGGAGCAGCAAGGUUGCGGCGUUGAGAGAAAGGAUGGAAGGAGCGGUGGCAGGGGGGAUACAGGCGGAGAAGGAGGUGAGAGAGGCGAGGGACGUGGUGAUGCGGGAGAGGGAGAGGGCGGAGGAGGCAGAGGCGGAGGCGGAGAGGCUGGAGGACGUGCUGAGUAAGAUGGAGGAGGAGCAGGUGGUGGCGAGGAAAGAUCGGACUAACGUUGCCAGGCUGGCAGAGCAUGUGCAGGCACGCAUUGCUGAGCUGGAAGCUGAGCUGGAGGAGUCCCACGCUGAGCUGGAACAAGCCCAUGCUGAGCUGGAGCAGAAACGUGCUGAUCUGGAGGAGAGUGCCGCCACGCUGAAGGUGGUGAUGGGCGAUGCAGAGCGGUUGAAGGAGGUGGUGAGGGUGCAGGAAGAAGCAGCAGCAAGGGAGGUGGCGGGAGCGAAGGGAGAUGCGGCCAAGACAGCAGCGAGUGUGAGGCAGCUGCAGGGGGAGGUGGCUCAGCUGCAGGCCUCCGUGCAGGAGAAAGACGAAUCCGUGGAGAUGCUUAUAAAGGAGACGGCACAGCUGAGGCGAGCGGUGAGGCAGAAGGAGGCGGAGUGCCGACAGACAGCUGAGGCAGCAGCGGCGGAGCUGCAGCACAUGGCGGCCCAGGCAGAGGCGCUGCAGGGGCGGUUGCAGGCGAGUGUGGAGGAGGCGAGGGCAGAGAGGGAGGAGAGAGAGCGAGCGGUGAAGCGACUUGGGGAGGACAUUGAGGCGCUGAGGGAGGCGGUGAGGGAGAGGGAGGGCGAGGAGAAGCGCGCCAAGGCGGCCCUGCAGGCGGCUCUGGAGGGGAUGAGCCGGGAGAAUGCAGUGGAGAGGGAGGAGGCGCAGCGGCGCAUGGAGGUGGAAGUGACGCUGGCAGAGGCGCAGGCGGAUUUGAGUGAGGCGCGGCGACGCGUGGUGGAGUAUGAAACGGCUCUGGCGCUGGCAGCCGCUGAGGUGGAGGAGGAGAGGAGGCGGCGGGAGAGGGAGGUGAGGGAGGUGAGGGAGGAGGGUGAGGGGUUGAGGGAGGCUGUGAGAGGGAAGGAGGGUGAGGUGAGGGCGGAGAGGGAGGCGCGGGAGAGGGAGAGGCGGGAGAUGGAGGAGGAGAGGCUGGUGUGGGAGAGGGAGAGGGAGCGGGUGGGGGAGACCGGGGAGAAGGAAAGGGAGGCGAGGGGGAGGAGGGAGAGGGAGCUUCGGGCGGAGAUGGAGGAGAGGGAGAUUGCGCUGUUGGAGCAGAUGGAGGAGGUGCAGCAGACGUGGCGGCGCAAGCUGGAGCUGCAGACCAAGGAGUGGCACGCGGAGAAGGCCGCUUUGGACCAACUUAUGGUGGCUGAGAUAGCGGCGAUUAGGAAGGAGAGGGGGCGCAUGGAGGAGCGCGAGAAGGUGUGGCGCGGCGAGGAGGCUGCUUGGCGGGCGAAUGAGGAGACGUGGCGGCGGAAGGAGGAGCAGUGGGCGGAGAGGGAGAGGGAGAUGGAGGAGGAGAGGGAGGAGAUGGCUGGGAGGGAGGAGCGGGUUAGGGAGGAGCAGGAGGAGGAGUGGAGGAGGAAGGAGAAAGAGUGGGUGAGGAGGGAGGUUAAAAUGGAGGAGGCAUGGGAGGCAGAGAAGGAAGGGUGGGCGAGGGAGAGGAGGGCGUGGGAGGAGGGGAAGGCGGAGUGGGAGGAGAAGGAAAGGAGACUGCGAGAGUUGGAAGAGGAGAUGGGAGAGGUGAGGAGGAAGAUGGAGGCUGCCACUGCUGCUGCAGAGGCGGCAGCGGCUCAGGUGGUUGAAGCAAAGGCUGCUGCUGCUGCCGCCACUGAAGAGGCAGCUAAAGCUGCUGCGCAGGCUGCUGCUGCUCAUGCUUCUGCUGCAAGCAGAGCUGGAGCAACUGCUGCAGGGACAAGCGGAACGGAUGGGGCUGAAGGAGAGGAGGGAGGAAAAGGGCCGGAGGAGGGAGCAAGCAGGCAGGAGGAGGGGCAGAAGAAGAAGAAAAAGAAGAAGGCAGGGGGGGCAGGAGGAGGCGUGUCGGACGGUGCUGAUGGUGGCAGCAGCAGCGGGGGCGGUGGGGGCAAGAAGGUGGUGCUGGGCGCGGAGGAGCUGAGGAAGCUGGAGGAGUACAUUGGGGAGAUGGAGGGCAAGUGCGCUCGCAUGCAGGUGAGGGCAAGUGCGCUCGCAUGCAGCAGCGGAGUCGAAUGGACUGAGGCGGACGUGGAGGGGGUGGUGGGCUGGCUCUCUUCCUCAGACAGGGCCUGUGCUCGCCUCUUGCCCCCUCCUUUCCCCUCAUUCCCCUACCCUCCCGUGCUCUCCCCCCACAUGACCCUCCCCCCUCCCCACCAGGCGGGGCUGGCAGCAAAGGCGGCGGAGGCGGAGGGGGUGAGGGCGGAGGUGGAGGGGGUGGUGAGGCGCAUGGACGAGGAGAGGGCUGCCAGGGACGCUGCUCUCGCCACCCUCAUGGCUGGUGCCCACGGUGGCCCUCCCUUCCUUGCUCGUUUCCCACUCCCUCUUGUCGUUUCCCACUCCCUCUUGUCGUUUCCCACUCCCUCUUGUCGUUUUCCUCUCCCAGCAACCGCCCUCCCAUCUCUUCACUUCGCCUUUCCCCUCCCAGGAUGCAGCAGCAGCGGAGCGCCCUCCCCGCAAGACACAGCAGCAGCAUCACGGGCAUUCUCGCAGCACAGUGGGGAGAUGGCAGCGCUGGCACAGCGGGCCCGGGAGGCAGGCGUGCAGGCAGCAGUGCUGGCAGGCCAGGGUGGGGAGGGCGCGGGCAAGGGCGUUGCUGGGGGCGCGGGGGCAGCGGGGGCGCUGGCGAUUGUGGCGGCUCCUGGUGCUGGGAGCGCUGUGAUGAGUGCUGAUGGCGACAGCCGAUCGCUCUCUGCAGCCUCCAUGGGGUCAAUGGGCUCCUACUGGGGCGGCGCCUCUGCGGGCCCACCGCAGCCCACGCUGGUGGGAGGGGGCGGGUGGGGGGGGGUGCGGCGGCAGCAGAAGUGGAUGGUGGACGGCUCCUGGGUGGAGAGCAUGCGCCGGGAGCAUGCGGAGAUGCGCAGGAAGCUGGAGGAGGAGAGGCAGCGGUCGGCAGCACUGGAGCAGGUGCAAGCGGAGAACGUGUGGAUGGAGGCGGCGCUGGUGCAGCUGCUGGAGUCGCGCAAGCGCUACGAGGGGGAGAUUGCGCACCUCAUCACCAAG